ACAAACUAAAUACAUCUCUGUUGAUACCCAGCUAUUUUCCUGAUUCCCUCAGUCUCAUAAUAGUCGCUUUGGUUUGGUCAUCAAUGAGUAUAGAACAUGAAGCAGAGUUCAGAUUGCAUUCCACAAAUUUCUUGGCAAGGCUUCAGCUGCAGCCUCAACAUCAAUCCUUCAGUAGGAGGAAGAACAGUUUCAUCUGGGCAAGCAUAUGUACUUCCUUUUCUCAGAAACUGUAGGGACCUUUCACCUUCUUGUUCACAAACUAUAUAGCAACAAGAUAAACAAUUGCUCACUAGCCUAUGCUGAUCGAUCACUCGGGAGUCGGGAUCUGCUGAUGGGCUUGGCAUCCACAUGGUUUCUCGGUUCCCCUUCUCAGACGCUUGUCACCCACGUUUAGAGCUGACGUGGUUAUUGCAAUUGGCCUUGUAGUAUGACCUGACACGAGUAAAACUGUUGACUGUCGUCUUUUGACAUAAGUAAUAUAUUCAUACGGAAAGUUUCCGCUUCCAAUUACUCACCUUAUCUUCUGCGGUUCUCAGUAGCAAGGGGUUACAGCUCCCGCUGAAAAAAAAAAGUAGCAGAUUUUCAAUUCAAAUUCGAAGUUCUCAAAAGUCAAAAUGGUUUUAGCAAUAGCGUCUCCCUCUCUGGUUCAGUCCUCGCUUCUGAGUUUCUCUUCUUUCCCGAGGCUCUCUGCGUUGCAAACCCCCGGGAAAAAAAAACAUGAUUUUCUUCUCAAGAGACAUCCGACAUUUCCUCAUCGUUUUCCCCCUUGCCGGUCGAAUGAAGAAGUAUUACGAGUUCAAAAUCUUAAGGGAAUUCCGGUUCCGCAGAGAGGGCACCAUUCCAUCUGCUUUUACAAUGCAAAAGAAGAAUCUGAGGGCAAGUUUCAAGGAAAGGAAACUGGACUUGACUGGCGGAUCCUUAAGCGAUGGGAUGUUCCUUGGAAAUGGCAAACGGUUAUCCUUACCAUGACUGCAUGUGGGUUAAGUUUUAUUUUGACAGGGUUGGUGGAGGCAGCACUUACACCAUAUCUAGGAUUUCGAAUUGGAGAAAUGAAUUUAGAUGAGAAGGCAGAAGUACUUUUUGUGGAUCAGGCCGUUGCAACUGCAGUUGUACUUGGAGUUGUAUAUGGUCUCACAAACACCUUCCAACCUCUUCCAGAUGAUCUUUUCCGCUAUGAAUCGAAGGAACCUUUCAAUCUACAGAAAGGAUGGCUUUUAUGGGCUGGAGUUGGUCUUGUUGGUGCUUUUACUGCGGUCGCAUUAACAGGGGCAGCCAUGGCUUUGUUUAGUGGGGAGAAUCCACAGAGAGAGACUGAUGCUCUAGUUCGCUUGUUACCAUUGAUUGGCUCUUCAAAUAUCAGCACUGCCUGUCUGGUGGGAAUAACAGGUGUUUUGGCUCCAUUACUUGAAGAGACUGUAUUUCGAGGGUUUCUAAUGGCGUCCCUGACUAAAUGGUUUCCCACCCCAGUUUCUAUCCUUAUUAGUGCUGCAGUAUUUGCUCUAGCUCAUCUUACUCCUGGAGAGUUUCCUCAGCUAUUUGUACUAGGGACUGCACUCGGAUUCUCUUAUGCUCAAACUCGCAACCUUUUAACCCCAAUCACAAUACAUGCUUUCUGGAACUCAGGAGUUAUCCUGGUGCUCACCUUUCUUCAGCUGCAAGGAUAUGAUAUCAGGGAGCUAUUGCAAGCCUCCUGAAAGAGAUUCAAUCGAUUUGGGGGGGUGAUACGUUUCUCUCAACUCAAUUUGUUCUUUUCAUGUAUAAUAAUUAUCUUUCUCUAUGGCAAAGUAAGUGUAGAAUUUGUAAUUUAUUGCUGCGGUUGCAUCAGUGGAAAUAUGAAUGAGGAGGAUAUGGUUGGAUACUAGGAAAACCAAUGUUCAAAAUUUUGUCA